AUGAAGGAGAUCCACGGCGAAGAAGCAAGGGUUCCUCCAAGCGACCUCGACCGGCAUCUCGGCGACCUCCUAAAGAACAAGGACGCAGCAGACCUGACUUUCCAAGUUGGCGGGCAGAGUUUCUCCGCUCACAGGUGCGUCCUCGCUGCUCGGUCAUCCGUCUUCAAAGCGAAGCUCCUCGGCGCCAUGAAGGAGAGUUGUUCUGCUGCCAGCCCUAUUGAAAUCUGUGACAUGGAAGCUCAUGUGUUCAAGUCCUUGCUCCAUUUCAUGUACACCGAUUCGGUCCCUCCGAAGCUUGAUGUGGCGAUGGCUGGCCACCUUCUAGUGGCGGCUGACAGGUACAAUGUUGUGAGGCUGAAGCAGAUAUGCGAGGAGAAAUUGUGCGCUCACAUCGAUUCCAACAUGGUGGCCACCAGUUUGGCUCUGGCGGAGCAGCAUGGCUUCCCUCGUCUCAAGGAGGCUUGUCUACAGUUCCUUGAUUCUCCUUCCAAUUUCAAAGCUAUGAUGGCAAGCGACGGUUAUGAGCAUCUCACAUCUAGCUGCCCGUCUGUUCUCAAGGAGCUCAUAGCUAGAAUCCUCCCCGCUGAAUGGAGCGUCGCAAAGGAGGUUGUCAUGAAAAUGUGA